AUGUCACCUGAAAUAGUCGAUAUAAUUGUUCGUCAGACGAAUCGGAAAGCAGGACAAAUGAUCAAGGCCUGGAACGAGCCUAGUCCAACAUGUAAACCAAAAGAGUGGAAGCCCACAGACGAAAUGGAAAUGUAUGCUUGGUUUGGAUUGCUGUUAUUUCCCGGUGUGUUCCACUGUAAUAAUAUGCAAGCAAAGGAUCUAUGGCAUUCUCGGCAUUUUGAUAUUUAUAACGCAACAAUAACGGUGAAUAAUUAUUUGGUAUGGCAGGCGGUGCGCACUUUGACGUCGUGCCUGUCAAAACCUUUUCGAGACGCUUAUAAAGGUGUGCGCAAAGCUUUAAUGGGCUCAGAUGGAGGAGAAGAAAUAUGGCGCUACUGUGUAGCAGAUACAAAUAACGUUAUUGGUUUUGCAGUAGGUGCAAUCUUCGUACGCCAAGCUUUUCAUGGUGAAUCGAAACCAGAAGCUGAGCAUAUGAUCAAUGAAAUUCGCGAAGCAUUUAAAGAAAAUUUAAAUAAUCUAACGUGGAUGGACAAGCGAACACGUGAACGUGCAAUUGAUAAAGCUAAUGCAAUAACAGAUAUGAUUGGUUUUCCUGAUUACAUUCUAAAUCCGCGAGAGUUAGAUAAAAAGUAUGCGGACUUAGAAAUUGUGCCUAAUGAAUAUUUUGAAAAUAAUAUUCAAGUUGCUAUGUAUAAUUUGAAGACCAAUUUAGAGAAAUUAGAUCAACCUGUAAACAAGACUCAUUGGGGUAUGACUCCUCAAAUGGUGAACGCGUACUAUACGCCUACAAAAAAUCAAAUCGUUUUUCCUGCUGGUAUACUACAAUCACCUUUUUACGAUACUAACAAUCCAAAAAGUCUUAACUUCGGCGCAAUGGGCGUUGUUAUGGGGCAUGAACUAACGCAUGCAUUCGAUGACCAAGGCCGAGAAUAUGACAAGUUUGGUAACAUACAUCGAUGGUGGGAUAAUAAGAGUAUUGAAAGGUUUAAUGAAAAAGCUGAAUGUAUUCAACGACAAUAUGGAAGUUAUAAAAUGAACGGGCGCACAUUAAAUGGGAAACAAACCUUAGGUAAGUAA